AUGCUUUCGUUUUACAGAAAGCCCGAAACUAUUCGAAACUCGGUAGCCUCUUCGAACAACCAUCAAGCUGAGCCUGGCGCAAGGAAUGCGCCGAGUAUCUCGGAUUCAACGCCCGGCACUCAAGAGCCCAAAAUGGGGGACGAGGGGUUUGAUUGGGAAAAUGCUCUCUCAAAACUCCCUACUUUCGAGGCGUCUGCGGAGAGAACAGUCGAUCCGUAUUUGGCCGAGAAUCAAAAUACUUCAGCUACUGAUUUCUCAAUAUCCUUACAAGAUACGAAUCGGACCUUUGACUCGACCAACUCGGUCACUGCAGCUCCUUGGGACCUCGACGACCAAGAGCUUCUAAUGGAGGACGAACACUUUGAUUGGGAUAAGCAUUUCGCACAUUUAGCGGGGGAAUUCACAUUCGAGCCGUUAUCGUAA